AUGCCCUCGAGCAUUCCCUCGACUUCUUCGCACAAUUAUGGUCUGGCCGCCUAUGCCAGCCUGGCCAUCCCCAUCAUCUCGAUCUACCGAUACAGACAGGCGAUCAGCUCGUUCAUCAGCCCGGACAAGAAGCACAGCCAUCCUGCACCCCCACAGACGCCGGCCUAUCUGACGACCCCCCAGUAUGAGAUCGCCCAACGGGAGAUGUUCAAGUUCCGGAGCGACGGCCAACGCGAAUUGUUGAUCCCUCAUCGCGGCAAACUCAGGAAAAUCGUCCUCAGACCCACCGCCCAGUCGACGAUCAAGUUACAUGCGAAACACUUCAUCCCGCCUAAAACCUCCAUUCGAACCAACGGCAAAAAAUCAGUCGGCGUCAACCGCGAAUUUUUCAGACAAUUGAAAUGCUUGUUCAUGAUCAUCAUUCCCCGAUCAACUUCCAAAGAAGUCUUCAUGGUUCUAGUACACACCUUCUUCCUCUUAAUGAGAACCUAUCUCUCGUUUCUUGUGGCAAGGUUGGAUGGGAUCAUCGUCAGAGAUCUAGUCUCUGCUGAUCUCAAAGGAUUUGCAAAAGGCCUUCUCUACUGGUACUUACUCGCCAUUCCGAGCACUUACACCAAUUCGAUGAUACGAUUUCUGCAAUCUAAAUUGGCCCUCUCAUUUCGAACGCGCUUGACGAGAUACGCACACGACUUGUAUCUCUCGUCGAACCAAAACUUCUACAAGUUAACCAACCUUGACUCGAGAAUCACCGCAGCAGAUCAAUUUCUUACAGCGGAUAUAGCCAAGUUCUGCGAUUCGUUAUCAUCACUCUACUCUAACAUAUCUAAACCGGCACUGGAUCUGAUCCUCUUCAACUACCAACUUGGUAAGAGCAUUGGCAAAGUGGGCUCGAUGGGCUUAAUCAUCAACUACUUGAUCACCGGAUGGAUCUUGAGACAAAUCACGCCGGCCUUUGGCAAACUGAGUGCCGUCGAAACCAAACUGGAGGGCGAUUUCAGAUUGACCCAUGCACGGUUGAUCACGAAUUCUGAAGAGAUUUCGUUCUACAAUGGCUCCCGCUUAGAGAAAGAUAUUCUCAACCGAACCUACCUCCGCUUGAUCAGACACGUCAACUCGAUCUUCAAGAUCAGGAUCGCUUACAGUAUGGCUGAGGACCUAGUAAUCAAGUAUGCUUGGAGUGCCGUCGGGUAUAUGCUCGUCAGUAUCCCAGUCUUCUUCCCAAACCAAGCGAGCCAGCCAUCCCGCGCUCCGAUCGCCGCUCUCGAGAGCUCCACCGUUCAUUCUUCAGUCGCCAAGCGCACCGAAUCUUACAUUGCCAACAGACGAUUAAUGCUCUCUCUUGCAGAUGCGGGAGGUCGGAUGAUGACGUCAGGCAAGGAUCUGGCUGAACUAGCAGGCUACACGUCACAAGUGUACACCCUUUUAGCUACCUUACACGAUCUCAACCAGAAUCGAUUCCAGUCCAUCCAAACCGAAGCAGGCAACUGCCGAUUCGACAUGGGAAAUUUCAGCAGUCAAAUCAUCGAGGGAGAGGAAGACGUCGUCGAAUUCUCCCACGUGCCUAUCGUCGUCCCGAGUUUGAUCCCAGGCAGGGAUGGUGAGCUCCUGGUGGACGACUUGUCCGUCAAAAUUAGAAGGGGCGAACAUUGCUUGAUCACCGGUCCGAACGGAGUGGGCAAAACCGCGAUUGCCAGGAUCUUGGCAGGCCUUUGGCCGUGUUUUGAAGGCGUGAUCAAGAAACCUCGUGCCGACCAAAUCAUGUACCUCCCACAGAGACCAUACUUAAGUUUGGGAAGCUUGCGUGAUCAAGUGAUCUAUCCCCACAGCUUCCCGGAAUUCGAAGCCAUGGGUGGCACCGAUGAGGAGUUGAUGAGGAUCUUGGAGCAGGCUCAUUUGGGAUACAUUCCUGCCCGAGAAGGAGGCUUCGAUACUGUCAAAGAAUGGAAAGAUGUCUUGAGUGGGGGUGAGAAACAAAGGGUUGCUAUUGCCAGAUUGUUUUAUCAUUCACCAAGGUUUGGGGUGAUGGAUGAAUGCACCUCCGCGGUGUCGACGGAUGUCGAGGGUUUGAUGUACCAACACGCGAAGGAGCUAGGGAUCACCCUGAUUACGAUCAGCCACAAGCCGUCCUUACUGAAGUACCACGACUAUCUAUUGAAGUUGGGCAUCUCCACCUCCGACGGACAGAAUGGGUGGGAGGUGAGCAAGAUCGGCUCGGAGGCGGAGAAACUCGGGACGGUCGAGAAAGAAGUCGACGAGUUGAAGAAUCGGUUGGCGGAGGUCGAUGAUUGGAAAAAUCGCCUGCAUCAGAUUGCUGUCGAGCUGGCUUUCCAAAAAUAA